AUACUAUCCAACCGCUUGUAGGAGCGAAGUGCUCUGAUUAUGCUGUGGCUCAUGCCACUGUGAGUGUGACACCGUUUCGCACAUUCGCAGAAGUUACACUUCUGCCGGAAAUUUUGGCGAAGAUGCGAGAACUCGGCUUGAACCGUCUGCUGCGGCUACAGAGCUAUGCCUGGCCGCAUCUUCUCAAGGGCUCGGGUCACGGUGUCCUCAUUGUGAGUGCCCCACGCAGCGGCCGCACGAUGGGAUAUGUGCCGCCCGUUUGCCACGUUGUCAACACGAUCCUGGCCGCUAAUCGGCGCGGGAGAGAAGUGGCGGUUGAUUUACUGGAUGUCUCGCACGGAAUGGGACCCAUUGCCUUGAUUCUAGUGCCAGACUUAAACCGACUGGCGCAGGUGGCCGCCUUAUGCAGUGCGCUAAUGCCAAAGAAAGAGACCGUGGAUGACGUGGGGAUCAUUGUGACGAGAGUGUUGACCGUUCCCAUGGUGUGCACUCCCGAUUUCAUGGGUGCGUGGAUCAACGAAAUAGGCGUGUUGGUGGCCACCCCCGCCCGAUUUGCCAACGCGUGCAAGCAAGGAGCGGGCCUGCUAAAGCUUAAUCAGCUGCAGGUAGUGGUCUUCGAUGACGUGGACCUAAUGCAGAAAGAGGAACUGGAGUUGGCCAAGCAGUAUAUUCCGAGCAUGGCCAAUAGCAUUACGUCAAAACGCAAAGGCACCAAUCACUGUCCUCGUCCGCAGGUGGUGAUGGUUUCCCAACGUUUCACUCCAUCCCUGUUUGCCCAGGUGCACCGGUUCAAUCAACACCCUUGCCUGAUCUUUGCCGAUCUUCUGGAAGCUGCUCUUUAUGGCGGGAUGCUUUUGUCUGUCAAUAUGGGCAAGAGGGAGGACAAGGUCGGUGCGGUCGUGAAACUGCUUCGUAAGCGUCCGCCGGAGGAAUAUCGCACCAUCAUCUUCUGCGAUGGGGAUCUGGAAAUGGCACUGCUGGUCGGAGCCUUAAAGGAUUUCGAGUACGACUGUCUGGCCUACUACCAGAACGCAGAUCUGGCGCUACUCGAUAAGGUAAGCUACUGGAUGUGCGCCAGUGGAGGCCUGGUUCUUGUCUGCACCGACAACUGUCCCGAGCUGAGAAUACGCAAUGCGCACACCAUAAUCCACUACAGCAUGAGUUCCUCAUGGAGCAAGUUCAAGAAUCGCUUCAUGUUCCUGUCCGACAAUGUGCCCAAUGUGCUGACACGUGCCAAGGCACACUCCCUCUCCCCGUCCCCAACGGCAAAAGCAACCGCAACCGAUGAGAGUAUCCUGUAUUCCCUUGUCCUUUUGGAUGAGGGGAACGCCAGGCAGCUGACCCGUUUGGUCGACUUAGUGCAGGCUCGCCAGAAGCUGGAGCCCAAUAUUGUGGCGAUGGCUGAUCGCAUCCGCCAGGAGUUAAACACAAUAAAAGACAUUGUAAAGCCGAUUUGCAGAGAGAUCUUGGGUCACGGCGACUGUUGGGACACCAAGUGCGGGCAACGUCAUUAUCUGCACGGAUCAGAUCGCCGUCCAUCCUACGUACCCUGCUCGGGAGACAUCAAGGUACAAGUGCUCCGCGUCUACUCCCCCGGACACUACUGUGUGAUCGCCUACGAGCACAAACCCCUGGGGGGUAAAUGGCACACUUUAGAUCCCAACAGGAAUUUGACGGCCCUGAUGAAUUUGAGGCUCACCGGGAAGGACGACGAGCCACUACCACGCUAUUGGCCACCGCUGCCCCAAGCCGUGUGUCUGUGGAAGAAGACUAGGUGGCAGUCUGGCUCUUUCUACGAGCGUGUCCGGGUGCUCAGUGUGCCACCCAUUGAGAAUGUAAAUCUGGUCGAUUCGAACCUCAUGGUGGUGGUCCAGGCUAUGGACUCUAGCACUCGCUGCUUCGAGACCAAGUGCAUGUCUCUCCAUGUCUGCCCCGAUGAGUACGCCAGCAAGCCGCCAUUGUGCAUGGACCUGCGUCUGCUGGGAAUGGUCAACCACAUGGGUGAUCGCUAUUGGGCUGACGCAGAUGCGAACACGGUUCAAGACUGGCUGGACAAGGCGCCCAAGGACCACUUCGUCCAGGCCAAAGUCGAGUUCUCCACUUCGCACACGAUCUUCGCUACAUGUAUGGUGUCCAUGGUCUACCUCAAGACACUGAAGACUUUUAACCUUCACUUGAAUCUGCCCAUGGCACAGAUCAAGGCCAAGAUGAGCAAGCGCUGUGCCCGGACCAAAGAGAUGAUUUUGAAAUUCUUCGAGCAACACAUCAAGCUGGACGAGCCGCCGAUCCCACAAGAUCCACCAGAACUGGAAAAGGAACCGAACUCAUGCGAAGGAGUCCGUGUGGUGGCAAAUGUGCGCAAAGAGCACAUCGGCGAGGAUAUGGACAAGAGCCCACCCUCAAAGCAGAACACUUCUAAGCUGCCGGCCAUGGACCCAGUGGACCAUGGGCUUAAUACGGGCCUGGAGAACCGUCUACUCCAGGAAGAAACAGAUUCCGAGGAUGAAGCCGAUUCCAAGCAGAGCCCUGUCAUGUCUGUUGGCCAGGACCAGCCAGGAGAAUCGGAAGCUUCGGAUCUUAAGGUGGUCCCAAUCUCCUAUUUCUAUGACUGCUUUAUGAGAUGCGCGGCGCUGGACGGCUACAUGGAAAUGGAAGCAGACACGGCCGGAAGCAAGGCGGCUCCGAACGAUGUCUAUCAGAUGUUGACUGAAGGCCCAGUACAGCGCUCCAAUGAGCCCAGUAAAGAGAAGUCGAAACAAGAAAAAAGCCAACAAAUCAAGGGCGAGAAACUUUCCGCCAAUACUGGAGUUUCAGCAUACAAUGCUGCUCGUGUUCUGCAGCCCGCAUCGCGUCCCGAUGUCAAAUACUACCAGACCCUCAGCGCUCUCCAUCUGCAGGUGACCCUGGCAGAUGAAAAAAUGUGCUACCAGACACGAGUGGUAGACACCACUGGGGUUUUUUUCCAGGCCACCCCUACAGGCGGGUCAGGAGCAGCAUUAGGAUCCUCCACUGGCACCUCUUAUCGAGCCUGCGAGUUCUUUGUAAACACAUGCAUGGCCUUCAAAGGCAUACAACAUUCCAUGAAGGGGCGUACUGUAUACAUUGAGCUCCGAAAGAUCAAUCCAGGCUACUACCCCAUUACAUUCGGCCACUUAAAGUUCUUCCAACAGAACUUCGACAAGAUAGAGAUCGAGGAGAAGUGGCGUCAGCGAAAAAAAAACGAACUCCAACAGUUGAUGCGGGAGCAUGGAUGGGGGGCUCAAAAAUACACAUCAAAAGCGGAAAGCAGCGACGAAAGCGUGUCCGAGUCAGAAUCGGAGGAUGGGGUAGAGCGACCCGAUGACUACAGGAAGAUCGACAUGAAUUAAAGUUUAAGAAUUUCAGAAUCGUGCCCUUGGAUCGCGAGAGCGAGCGUAGAGCGAGCGGGACUCAAGGAAGAGAACGAGCCACGCAACAAGGGAAGCGAUAGCUUCUAUGGAAGAAACUAAAAUUUUAUUAAUUUGAUGCUAAUUUGAAAACUGUACUCUAUUUUACCACUUGACAAAUGCAUGCAUGCACAUACGAAUAUACAUAUAUAUUCCAUAAUUAACAUAUUGAUAACAAUAUGUAUUUGACCUUCAAAUAAAUCCCUUGAUUGAACAAA